AUGGAUCAACUCUACGCUGGGAAGCUCAGCACGAGGCAAGCUAAGAGAAAGGCACCUAUGACACCAAUCAUUGUCACAAAUUACUGCGGGGAAAACAUCUGGCCUGGAAUCACCACGCAAUCUGGAACAGGCCCUUCGGAGGGUGGUUUUAUGCUGCAGCCUGGAGAGUCCAAAAAUCAGACCGUUUCGGAGGACUGGGGAGGGCGUGUCUGGGGUAGAACCAACUGUACCUUCAACGAUGCGGGCACUGCCUCCGCGAACGGUACUGGCAAAGCAUGUUAUACCGGGGACUGUAACAGUGCUCUGAAUUGUAUUGUCACGGGAGAAACUCCAGCUACACUUGCCGAGUUCAAUCUGGAUGAUGCCAGAGGCGAGACCUGGUACGACAUCUCAUUGGUCGAUGGCUACAACCUUCCAAUGGCAGUAGUCAUGCAACCGCUUGCCAACCACAGUCUGGAAGAUAUACCGCCAAAUCUUACGAACCCUUCAUGUGUAGCAACCGUAGGCCAGCUGAGGGAGCCAGGCUACGACCCGUAUACCAGCGGCUACGAGACCUUCCUCGGAACGAAUAGCUCUUAUCCCUUGCCGUUUGAUCGAGACGUCGACGACCAACAUGUUGCCCGCUGGUGCCCGUGGGACCUGCAAUUCAACCCCCCUCAAAAGCCAGGAGAUGGAGUAUAUCCUUACCCAGAUGAUAACAUUGAGCGGCCUGCGUUCGACCCAUGCUUCUCUGCAUGCGCAAAAUACAAUACCCCAGACUACUGCUGCAAUACUCCAGAGUACGGGCGUGGCAAUUGCAAAGCUGGAGACUGGGGCAAGGCGGCGAAGACUGUUUGUCCUGACGCCUAUAGUUACGCCUUGGAUGACGCCAGUUCAAUGUUCAUGACCCCAAGUGGAGGUGGAUUCGAAGUUAUCUUCUGCCCUGGGGGCCGGUCCACCACCAUUCUCAGUUCGGAACGAGAGGCGACUCAACAAAUGAAAAACGGCAGCACCCCUAAUGGCAAUCCAGACCCUAAUAACGGCGACCCAAAUCCUAAUGGCAGCCCCCAGAAACGGCAUAUUACGAGGAAGAAGACAAACGGGCGACACGCGUAG